AUGCCGCUUGCCAGGUACUACAUCGCCCCAGGCAUGCUCGCACCGCUUCCCGCUCCAGUCGCCGUGCGCCCCAUCGGCUGCUUCUGCUGCGCUCCGGUCGGGAUCGAGGAGGAGGACGGCGAGGCGACGAAUUUCGGACUUGGCGAAGACAAGGAGGCUUGCCGGGAGCUGUACGGCGAUGCUACGGAUGUCGAGAUGGAGUCACCAGGGCAGGAUGCAUCGGUGACAGGCGAUAGGAGUGUCUCGAGCGAGGUGGGUGGGAGGAGGAGGAAACGACGACACGAAACCGUCGUUGGUGACGGUGAUGCGAACGACAGUCUCCUCAUGAAACGCCGCAGAACUGUUGCAGUCGGCCUCGCCGCCACAAGCGUCGUCAGAGCGGACCUUCCCUCCAUCCUCCAGGUCCCGCACCUCCUCCCGACGCCUCCAACUUCGACCCUCAUACCGGCGGCGAGCUUCCUCUUCGACCCACUCAAGAAACUGCGCGCGUAUGACCCGUGCCUCUUGCCGCCGCUCAUCAUCAACGCCUUGCGCAAGUCGACUGCCUACCUCGCCGGACCAGGCGAUUCCGUACCUUCUCUUGCGCCGCACUUCAAGGUGUCCGACUUCUUUCCCGACGACGGAGACCUCGUCUUCAUCCCCGACGUCUACUUCCUCGAGCGACCGGUCGAGCCCGCCUGGUCCGUCGACUACUACCGCUCCUUUGCCCGCUUCCUGCAAGCGUGCGGUUCGUCGAACGAGUCGCUCGUCUACGAAUGCAGCCUCGCGGCAUUUGGUUGCCUCCGUCCAGGCAGCGAGCCUUUGCUCGAGCAGUCGCGGCACAUCACGUCUCGACAGCCUGAUAAAGGCGUCGUUUACGGGAACGCAGCCCUCGCAGGCCCGCUCGACGGCUUCGAGCAGCUGCCGAAGGUGUUGCAGAAGUGGGUAUUGACGCUGAGGAAGGUAUUGAUUUGGGCUAUGGAGUGGCCGAGCGAGCUGUCGCCUGGUCAGGUCCUCCGCUUCAUCAAGGAAGCACGACCUGCGGCGCAUCUCGUUGUCCGCGAGUUCGCCGACGUCCUCCGAAUCCGCCACCUCGUCCUCCGCCUCGAAUGCCAGAUGCUCGCGUCUCCUCCUUCCCGUCCAUCUCCCACCGAACAAGCCGCUCGCACCAUCCUCGACUGGCUGAAUGAGACGAACGACGAGCAGCGCAAGUUUGGGUUCUUCUGCGAAGCAGACGGAAAAGCGAAGGAGCCGAAGGAUGGGUGGGAGAAGCGGGUUGCGAGGCUGGCGAAGGGCGUGAAGGUGACGCGGGAGGAGCUCGAUGCGGUAGCAGCAGGCGGAGGCGGUAGCGUGAGGAAGGGGUAG